CCUCGGGCCGCUUCAAUCCGCUGCGCAUCGAUGAUUCCGUCUCAAGUCUUGCUCCGUCUUCCGCACCGUCCAAGUCCUGGCCAGUAUUCACGGCCACACGCCUUCUGCCGGCCAGCCCCUGCGCACACAUCAAUUGCAUUCGGAACGGGAACCAUGCUGUCGGCCGGUCGCCGGGCGUUCUCGGCGCUCGCCCGCCCGACGCUGCGAAAUGCGACCAGUCCCGCCCUCGCCCGCUCCCCCGCCGCCCUCCGCCGGCUACUCUCGGCGCUGGCCAUCCUCGAGCAGCGCGAUGGCAAACUCAACACCGGCUCGCUGAGCGCCGUCAGUGCGGCCCGGAAACUUGGCGGCUCGGUCCACGGCUUCAUUGCCGGAAGCAACAUCAAGCCGGUGGCCGCCGAGGCAGCUAAGGUCGACGGCCUGGAGAAGGUCAUCGCGGUUGAGAACGGCGCAUACGACAAGGGCCUGCCUGAGAACUACGCGCCCCUGCUCGUCGAGAAUAUCAAGAAGGGUGGCUACACCCACGUCAUCGCCGGCAACACGGCCUUCGGCAAGAACGUGAUGCCGCGCGUGGCGGCGCUCCUCGACUCACAACAAAUCUCCGACAUCACAGCCAUCCAGGACGACAAGACGUUCGUGCGCCCCAUCUACGCGGGCAACGCCAUCGCGACCGUCGAGUCGUCCGACCCGAUCAAGGUGAUCACCGUCCGGGGCACCGCGUUUCCCGCCGCGGAGAUCGGGAGCGGCACCGCGGCCGUCGAGGACGGCGUGGAUCCCAAGGUGGACAGCCCGACCGAGUGGGUGUCGGAGGACCUGGCCAGGUCGGACCGGCCGGACCUGGCGACGGCGAGCAAGGUUGUCUCGGGCGGGCGGGGGCUGAAGUCGAAGGAGGACUUUGACAGGAUCAUGCUGCCGCUGGCAGACGCGCUGGGGGCCGCGGUCGGCGCGUCGCGCGCCGCCGUCGACAGCGGGUACGCGGACAACAGCUUGCAGGUGGGCCAGACGGGCAAGGUGGUGGCGCCGCAGCUGUACAUGGCGGUGGGCAUCUCGGGUGCGAUCCAGCAUCUGGCGGGCAUGAAGGACAGCAAGGUGAUCGCGGCCAUCAACAAGGACGCGGACGCGCCUAUCUUCCAGGUGGCCGACGUCGGGUUGGUGGGCGACCUGUUCGAGAAGGUGCCCGAGUUGACGGAAAAGUUGAAUAAGGCCUAGAAUAAAUUUUACAGCAAUUGUACAAGAUAUCCGGUG